AUGCCAGAACUCAUUAGAUUGGAUCUCCCAAAUUCACGUAUAGUGAAUGGGAACCAAUUUCCAGCAGCGUUUUCGCUGGAAGCAUCGGAAAGUUUUAAACAGUCACCUGGAAAGAUGACGAAGUAUUUGCAGGAAGUUGCUCGAACCGGCUUUUUCAACGAAUUGCUGGCCACCCAUGGCGCGAUCGUGAUCCGUAACACCAAUACAACCGACCCACAAGUGAUUAGUAGGUACAUAAACGCUAUCGGCGUGGGAAGUGGAGAUGAAUUCUUCGAGCAGCAAGGUAGCACGGCUACACGGACCCGCGUUACAGAUCUUUUGAGUACUGCUAAUGAAGGUCCCUCCUCGACGUAUAUCCAUCAGCACAAUGAGUUCUCCAGAUUCAAGCGGUAUCCCGGCAAACUGUUUUUCGUUUGCACAAAAUAUGGCCCGCAAACAAAAGGCGGCCAAACUCCUAUAGUACAUGGAGCGGAGUUUUUCAAUUAUUUGGAUUCAAUCGCCCCGAAACUAGUCAACAAUCUGGCAAGCAAAGGGCUAUACUACGCGCAAGUAUGGGCCAAUGUAACAACAACAAGAACGUCUUGGCAUGAUCUUUUUUGUUUUGGGAGGGAAAUCAGCAAAAAUGACAGUUUAUCUGUCGCAAAACAAAAGGCGGAAAGAAGCGUGCGUGCAAACGUUAGCGACGAUUUUGAAUGGGUCGAUGGCGACGAUUUACUUGUACACCAGCACACUGAGCCCGUGAAAUUGUUUGUUAAUUCCUAUACUGGCCAAUCUCACCCAACAUUCUUCAAUAGUUUGGCGACUUAUUUCCAUCAAUGGAAAUCCAAAUCGUACAACACACCAACCGCUCAAUUGAAAUACGAUGAUGGUGAGCCGAUUGACGAAAAGCAGCUUGAAUUAUUGCUGAAAGGGUCCAUCAAUUUUUCCUACGAACAUCAAUGGCAAGAGGGUGACAUCGCCAUUAUUGACAACUGGCAAGUGAGCCACGGAAGAUGCCCGUGGGAAGGUGGCCCUAGAAACAUUCUUGUUAGCAUGUGGAUUUCGAAAACCGAGAAGGUUUACGAACCAUGGACCGCUUGA